AUGUUUUUUUUUGGUGUUCUAGCGUUUCCACUGCUAGAACGAUCCAGCUCUAACCAGGCGAUAAGCCUAAGCUUGGGAACCGGCACCGUUGGUCGUCAAUCCACAGGACACCCGAGAUCUUAUGGGAUCCUGCCUUCGUAUAGUAUAUCUACUGCGCUUACUCAACGGGCGACACACAAAAUGUUAUCAGCCAUGACGAUGGACUAA